AUGGUCCCGGCAUGGGCCCGCACCUCCCCUACCCGCCUACGCCGUUUCUCCCGCCUUGCCAUCCUCGCCGUCGCUUUUCUCCUCGCUCUUUUUGCAGUCAUCGAUCAGACAAGAUUAGCUCUUACGGACGGCCGUGAUGAAGACGGCUUUUUCUCCUCGCGCGCUGCCAGCCGAUGGAGUCCCCAAUUCAGAUCGCGCUGCUCGAAGCGCUGCUCGCGCCGCGGCACGUGCAACGAGGAACUCGGUCGCUGCGACUGCCCCGCGGGGUUCACGGGCGAUGCGUGCGAGGCCGACGCCUUCCCCUCCUGCCAGCUUGCGCCGGGCUUCCGCACGCCGUGCGCGUUCCCCUCCACAUGCGCGUGCGCGCGCGAGUGCCGCGCGUUUCAUCUCAUCGGCCCCGGCGCGGUGUGCUUCAACGCCUCCCACAACGCCUCCGCUAUUCCGCCACGCUCGCUGGCGGACAUCUUCCGCGCGGAGGUUCUGACAGUCGGCGCAGCGGAAGGGGGGGGUGAGUCGGAAUGGACGAACCCGGGGAUGACGGAGGGGGAAGCGCAGAAUGGCGCAGGGAACGGCGCGGUUUCAUCCGCCAUAGUGUCUGGGGGAGCUUCCAGCGGUCCACGCGGCCCUAGCAGAUCGCACAGCAACGAUCUCCCCGCGCUGCGCAAGAGCUCGCGGAGAUGGGACGGGGGGCGCAACGUGCGGUGGAAAGGAGCGGGCGCAAGGGACAUGCCGUCAGGAGGCGCGCGGAGCGACUGGGGAAGCGCUGCUGGCGCGGGGGGAACGGAUUCAGGGGGGAGAACACAGGCAGCGCGCGGGCGGGUGGCGGGCGGAGCGCAGAAGCAGGUGUGGGCGCAAUACACGUGGCAGUUGCGGAAGCGAUACACAGACCCGCGGGAAUGCCCCCUGGGGUGCUCUGGUCGCGGGCUGUGCCGUGACGCGUCCAAGACCAAUCACUCUGCUCCCUCUGUUGCCCCCCCCACUUCACCUCUCCCUCUUUUCCGCCCUCCCUCUUUCUCUUCCUCCUUCCCCGCCUUCCACACCAGCUGCGCGUGGCGCUACUCGGGGCCGGGGUGCGAGGAGGAGCGCGCAGGGGGCGUGCGGUGUGUGAACGCGUGCAGUGGGCGCGGCAGGUGCGACGGUGGCAUCUGCACGUGCCAGGCUGGCAGCUUCGGCAUUGAUUGCUCACUGUCGGUGGAUCCCAGCACUGGCAAUAUAAGUGUUCUCUCCAACCCCACCUUCAGAUGGCCGCCCCAGUCCCCGCCCUUCCGGUCGGCGCUACAAGACAAGAAUUUCACCCCAAAAAUCUACGUGUACGAGCUGCCUCCGGAGCUGAACACGUGGCAGUGGGAGCAGUCGGGCGCGCUGGAUCGCCCCGAGGGGGUGGUGUUCCUGGAGAGGCUGCUUGCGGAUGGCAGACGCACAGCGGAUGGGGAACAGGCGGACUAUUUCUAUGUGCCGCUGGUGCAGGCUGUGGGCCGUGCACCCUUUCCCUCUCCCUGUCCUUACCUCGCUCCCUUCUUUCUCCAUCUGCCCCAUCGCUCCUCCCUCGACCACCAGGAAUCGCGGGCAAAUGAGCAUGGCGAGGGGAGAGUGGGAAUGGUGGCGGCUGAGGGGGGCCGGAUGGUGCUGCAGAGGCAUUCGAGGCUGGAGCGAGCUGUGGUGCUCACGCCCAGCGGGUAUGGGGGAGCAGCAGGCGGGGCGGGAGGGUGGGGGGGAUCGGAGGGCAGGAUGGGCGAGGCAAACAGAGGGAGAGGGGCGCAGAUGCAGCAGCAGGGGGAGCAGCAGGGGCGUGGAGGGCAGUGCUUCAUUCCCGGGCAGGACGUGGUGAUCCCCCCGCUGCUGCCCCCCUCCGUGGUGCUCGCCUCUCCCUUUGUGCGCGAGCCCCUUGAAGGCACCCCCGACCGCAACACUCUCCUGCUCUUCGUUGUUAGGAGGGCGGGGGGUAGCGGAGGGGCAGCGGCAGCGACAGGGGCAGGGGCAGGGGCAGGGGGGAAAAUGGGCGCAGGAGAAGCAGAAGGGGGGUGGAGCGCACGGGGUGGGGUGAGUAUGAGAGAUGGGGAUGGGAGGGGAGGAGGCGAAUGGGUGGGUAAGCCUGGAGGAGGCUGGGGUGCGGCACACAGGGACUCACCUGCUGCUUCGUCGUUGGCUGGGGGGCUUGUAGCGAAUGAGCCUGUAUCGAGUAUAGGUGCACGGUUCCUACAGCUCUUCUCCCACCGGCAGCUGCAGGUAGGGUUCCGCAUCAUGCACCUGGGCGCACCAGGCAGGGGGGCAGUGCAGGAUGGGCAAGAUGGGGACUGGGAGGAGGCAGGGAAAGCAGGGGUGGAAGGGGAGGGGGAGGAAGAGGAAGGGGAGACGGGCAGAGAGGAGAGCGCAGUGAGUGACGCCAUGCUGAGGGCGCAGUUCUGCUUUGCACCCACGCCCCCCACGGGCUACAGUGACACUGUAGCACGGGCGGUGCUCCUCGGCGCCACUGCUGGCAGGGAUGCAGCAGCAGGCGGUGCCAUCCACUGGCCGUCCCUGGCGCUCUUCCUGGCCCCCCACCAGCUGCCAGAGCUCCCGGAGAUUCUCCGAGGCAUUACCCCAGAAGAGGUGGCUCGGCGCCGCACUGCCAUGAAGGCCGCCUGGCCCGGCCUGCUCUGGGCCUCGCCGCUCUACAGCCCCCUCUCGCCCCCCCCCUCCUCCUACUCCUCUUCCUCCUCUUCUUCCUCCUUCGCCUCCUCCGCCUCCUCCGCCCCCCCCACGCCCUCCAGUCUGCUGUAUCUGCAGAAGAAGCUGCGCCCGCUGCUCGCCUCCUCGGAUGCUUUCUCGUCCGUCAUGGCUGCUCUCGGGCGGCGGGUUCAGGCAGCUGAAGUUUCGGCUGUGCAGGGGAUGGUGACGCUGCCAGCGGCAGGGGGGCAGGUGGGACCUGGUGGGGGACCCAGCGUUGUGUUUUCCCGAGCAAGCAAGAUGGCGGGGGGUGGGGAAGCAGGGGGGUACAGGCAGGGGGGUGGGUGGGUGGGGCGAGGGGGAGGAGCGUGGGGGAAAGGGAGGGGGGGUGGGGGGAAGAGAUGGUACACGGUUGGGGGAGUGGUGGUGGAAGAGGAAGAGGGGGAGGGGGAAAGCAAGGGAGAGGAGGGCGGGGAGAGUGGGGAGGGUGGAAGAGCCCUCCCUCCCCUCCUCCCGUUCCUCCUCCCUCUCCUCCUCGUCGCCCCCCUCCAACUGCUCCUCCCUCUGAUUUCUACGGGGAACGUGCAACGAGGCCACUGCCACGUGUCACUGUGUGCCUGGCUUCACAGGCAAGCACUGCCACGUGUUGGCCAUGCCCAGCUGCCAGCUGGCGCCGGACGUGUGGACGCCGUGCCACGUGGCGACAUCGUCAGUGCGGGCAAUUCCUCUUCCUUUUUGACUGCUGUGGCGGCUCGCGGUGGUAGGGUGAGAGACGCUCUGAUUGGCUGGAUCAAGGGCAGCAACAGCACAACAGACACGACUGCCGGGCAAGCAGGGGUGGCAGGAAAGGAGGCGGGAGGGGAGGGGGAGGAGGGGCAGGAAGGCGACGAUGAGCCCAAGGUCAAGGAAGAGGAAGCAUGGGGUGACUUUCCAGGAAGGCGCGGGCCGUGGGUGGACGUGGGGAGUCUGUAUGAGCAGAGGCAGGUGGCGCUGGUGCUGGAUGGGCGGGGGAAUGAGCUCGCCUGCGCUCGGGCUGUGUCCCACCGGCUCUGCCCUGCGCUCUACUCAGGUGCUGGCUGUGAGCAGCCGGGCCGGCUGCCCUUUGACUGCUUCGGGGCCUGUGGCGCUCACAGCUUGAAGGCGGAGGGGGAGGGGGAGGGGGAGUAUGCAGGGGACGGGGAUGGGGAGCAAGGUGGGGGGAAAGGAGUGGGUGGCGAGUGUGUGGAGGGAGUGUGCAAGUGUGCGAGGGGUACGUUUGGCAUUGACUGUGCACUCUCCCUCGACGCCCACGGUGCCACCACUCUGCACCGCAGACGACCCUUCCUCUGGACUGACGCUGUCCCACCACCCUCCCCUAUGCUUGUCUCUGCUGCCCGGCCGAAAAUCUUUGUGUACGAGCUGCCCGGGUACUUGAACACGUGGCAGGGCGUGCUGGGGGCGGGGAGGGGGCGGUGGGAGGGGUAUGUGUUUCUGGACGCGCUGCUGACGUCAGCAUGGCGCACUGCUGAUCCUGAGGAGGCUGACCUAUUCUACGUGCCCCUGCUGCUGCGGCACCGAGGCACAGCAAAGCAGAGUGUGCUGUCAUGGGCCAUCGAGCACAUAAGGGACGCGUGGCCCUACUGGGACCGCCAUGCUGGCGCCGACCACGUCUUCCUUGCCAAUGAUGACUGGGCGGCGUGCGAGGUCGGCGAGGCCGGGCGGCGAGACCCGAUGCUGGCGCGCAGCACAGUGCUGUCGCUGUGGGGGUACUCCGGGAACAUGCCGCUCGAUGCCGCCCUGCCUGGCUGCUUCAUUCCCGGGCAGGAUGUUGUUAUCCCGCCCGUUCUGCUGCCCGAGGUGUAUGAGGUGGCCAUGGGCGUUCAAGGAGAAGACGUGCACUCUCGUGGGCGGGAUAUUUUCUUCUUCUUCCGUGGGUUUGAUGGGCGGGACGUGGAGCCGGUGUUGGGCUUUAACUACUCGUUUGGGGUGCGACAGGCCCUGUUUGACUGGUUUGACUCGCUUGACUCCGCUGCUGCUAUGCCCAAGGGGUUUGUCAUAGAACGCACACCGGGGGAGGGGGAUUUCGGGGAGGGGCAAGUAGGAGUGGGAGGGGAGAUGGGGGGAGGAGGGUACUUGGAGCGGAUGGCUCGGUCGGUGUUCUGUCUGGUGGCUGGCGGGUGGGGUGCUGACGAGACGGCCACUCAGGCGGUGACACUCGGAUGCAUCCCACCCAAUGUGAGCAUGCCUUUUGAAGGUGAUGGUUUUUUGGACUGGGACGACUUCUCAGUGAGGCUGACUCCUUCAGACAUUCCCCACCUCCACGGGAUCCUCACCAGCAUCCCUCCACAAGAGCUUGCUCUCAAGCAAGCUGCUCUGCGGCGAUUGUGGGCCAUGGCGAGCGGAGGGGAGGUGGAAGUGGCGGUCGCAGAUCCGCGGAUCGUAGGCGGACAUCAGGACGACGAGCGUAUGGGGCGACACGACGAGGCAUUCCAUGCUGACGUGGAGGAGGCGGAAGAUGACGGGAUGAUGGACCACUUGAGCGACCCGGGUGUUUAUUUCCAGCAGGAGUCCGCGAACGACACGGCGCUGUCGCAGGCGAUGCGAUGGUGCAACCCUGACGACGACGUCGCGAACAAGUCCAACUAUUCGCACACGACGCCGGUCAGCCCUACCGCCGGAGAUCUCGAUGGUUCUCCUGGGGAGGGUCGCGGGGACGCGGAGAUGGCGCACGAGGAGGCGGAGAAGCGCACGUCGUUAAGCGACGCGUCGGUGGAGAAUGUCGCGCUUUGGAGUCGCAGUCGCACGACGAUGGAGCACGACGAAUAUGCGCACAUGUUCGAGGCGCACGGCGGACUGCAACCCGGCGGCGACCGCGGUAAGAUGCGCGCAGACGGGGACGCGGAAGACGAGGGGGAAGAGAGGGACGAGAGGGGGAAGUCUGAGGAGGGUAGGGACGAUGCGUGUGGUUAUCGGGAUGGGAUGGGAGCUGACAGAUUCGUCGUGGAUGGAGACUAUGAUGACGAUGACGAUAACGAUAACCGUCACGGGAGUGAUGACGUCAUGGGGUUCCAGUUCUGGCGCACGUCGCUUCCGCAGGACGGCAGCGCGGACGGGCAGCACGCGGACGACGCGGAGUCGGCGCACGCGGCGGAGUACGGUACAAUGUGGCACAACAUGACGGGGCACCUCGAGAACAUGAAGGACGACUGGGCGGAAGCGCAGGCGGUGGCGGAAGGGGAGGCGGGGAGCGGGGGCGAGGCGGAAGCCGACGACGAUACGCGGAGCCAGGCGUCCGCGCAUUCCGACACGGCGCUGCUCUUGGAUCACCUGCAGCUGGGGGUGUCCGGGCCGCUGUCAGUGCUCCCAUGGGACGAGGAGGCGGAGGAGGAGGCUGCGCAGGAGGCUGCGCGGGAUGCGCGGGAGGAGAUUCGCGCCGCACGGGCGGAAAUGUACUUCAGUCCGGAGGCGGAGGAAGCGGAAGCGCCAAGAGGGGGAGAAGAGCCGUUUUCCCUGGGCCCGUCCGCCGUCGAUGCCGGGGGCGUGGAUGGCCUUCCGCAGCGGGGCGCUUCCGCCAUCCCCGCCGUAGAGAACGUUGGCGCGGGGGAUUCCGCAGCCAGUGAGGGCGCAACCAGCGACCAGGCGGGGCGGACUGAGCCCCGCUCCGACAUGCUUCUUCCGCGCAUCCGCACGACGGGGGACCUCCUCCUUGCCUGUCCGCCCACAGGCGCAUCUUCCCCCGUCGGCGCAGCCGCAGUCGGCGCGGACGCGGUUGCGGCGGACGUGCAGUCUAUGCCAGAGCUGGGGGACGUGCAGCUCUCCGCAGCGGAAGGAAGCGCAGGCGUGGGAGUCAUAGGCGCGGGGGAGGGCAUUGGCGGAGCGAUUUCCGCUGGGAAAACGGCAGGUGCGGCGGGAGAAGAGGCGAAGGAGGCGGGGAAGGCGGGGGAGAUGACGGCGAUGUGGCUGGCGGGCAUGCCGCGCGUGGAGGCGUGGGUGCGCUGCCUCCCGCGCGGGCAGUGGGAGCCGUCUGAGAGCAUCGAGCACUGGAGCAGCAUCGGCAGCAGCAAGGGCGGCAGCGCCGGCAGCAGCAGCAGUGCGCUGCUCCCGCCCCAUUCCCCCCCUGCGCCUCACCACCACCACCACCACCACCAUUCCUCCAGCGGCAUGAGCAAGCGCUCCAUGUCGCACGGGCACAUGCAUGGGGGGGGCGCGGCGGCAGCGGGGAACCUGCAGGCGGCGGUGGUGGUGGGGGCGGCGGCGGCGGCGGAGCAUGCGGGGAGGGUGGUGCGCGGGCUGGACAAGCACGCGGCGGCCGUGUACCUGUCCAUGCGCGGGCUGCUCGUGGUCCCGCCGCUGGGGGCGUUCUCGUCGCUCAAGACGCUCGACCUGUCUCGCAACAACAUCACGUCGGUGGCAACAGGAGUGCUGCCGCGGUCACUGCACAUCCUGGACCUGUCACACAACCGCCUGGCCGCCGUGGAGGGGCUGCGAGAGCUCUCGCGCCUCAAGGUGCUCAACCUCUCCAACAACCGCCUCGCCCGCAUCGGCCAUGGUGCGUGUACGGGGACAGGGGGUGGGCAGCAUGGUGUGUGGGGUGAAUGGGGUGCGAUAGGUUGCAUUCUUAAGGCAUCUGAGGGAGGGGCUCCGAGAGCUCUUGCGCCUCAAGGGCUGUCGGGGUGUGUGGCGUUGAGGGAGCUGUACCUGGCGGGCAACAGGGUGGGGGAGGUGGAGGGGCUGCACCGCCUGCUCAAGCUCACCGUGCUGGACCUGGGCGCCAACAAGGUCACCACCACCAAGGCCCUCGGCCAGCUCGCCGCUAACUACGCCUCGCUGCGCGCGCUCAACCUCGCGGGAAACCCCAUUCAUGUGAACCUGGGGGACGAUGCGUUCAAGCGCUACCUCAUUGGCCUGCUGCCGCAGCUGCUGUACCUGAACCAGCGCCCUAUCAAGACGCCCUCGUCUCGCGACGCGCUCUCCGACCCGCUCAAAUCGCGCGGGGCCGGCGCGCCCCAGCUGCACCACGGGCACUCUUCGCGCUCUGCCUCCCGCACCGUUGGUACCAGCACCUCACGGCACCGCACUGGCGGGAGCAGCAGCAGUGGGCUCCGGAAGGCUGCGACGGGAGGGAUGAGCGGGUCGGCGAGUGGAGGGGGGUCGAAGGAUGGUCACCACAGGACGCACCAUGGGUCGAGCAGUGGGGCUCACCAUUCGUCGCGCACUCGCACGGCCACAGGAGGGCACUCGACGCAUCGGAGUAGGUCGGGCGUGGCUAGUGGGAGCAGUGCAGGAGUGGGGGAGAAGUCUCGGCAUCACCACCAUCAUCACCAUUGA